CAGAGACUGAGCUGUGACUGCAGGGCCAUGUCAGGUGUCCACUACAAGUUCUCCUCCAAGCUGAGCUAUGAUGUGGUCACAUUUCAUGGCCACAGCAUCUCCCUGGGUGACCUCAAGCGCCAGAUCAUGGCCCGUGAGAGGCUGAAGGUGGCCAACUGUGACCUGCAGAUCCUCAAAGCUGAGACCAGAGAAGAAUACUCCAAUGAUGCACAGAUCCCAAAGAACGUCUCAGUGAUUGUCAGGAGAGUCCCAGCUCGAGCUACGUGAGUAUCCAUGGAACACUGGAUUCCCUGUGAGGGAUGUCAGGGUGUGAACUUCUUUUAUGGGUAUGGGUUUACAGAGGCACUUGGAGUGUAUCUGGUCAAAGCUGCUGUUAAUUUCAUUUUUCAUGGAGUAGAUUUUAAUGUAUCUGCUCCAAAGCAGAUAGCUUUGCAGGGACGUGAGGUUCAAACUCCAAAACUGGUAAAUCCUAAGGUGAUUCUCUUGGUUGU